AUGGCUGGCCGAGGGGCUGGUGCGCCGCCAGGGAAGAAGCCGACGGCUGCGGCUGGAGCUGGACGUGCAGGUGUGGCACCGCUGGCUGCUGGCGCCGGGCGUGGUGCCGCGGCACCGCCAGGUCCUAGACCUCCGGUGGUCGCCGGAGCAGCACCAGCCGCUGCAAGUCACGGAGGUGGCCAGCUAGGGCCUACGCCGCCGAUGCAGGGUCCGGUUGCGGUGGCUGCUGCGGGUUGGGGCGGUGCUGCACAAGGGCCUCGGCAGCCGGCGCAGGGCAUGGUUGCGGUGGCUGUUGCGGGGCGGGGCGGUGCUGUGCAAGGGCCGAGGCCGCUGCUGCCCGGGCCUGUCGUCGCGCCUCCCCGCAACCAGGUUCAGGCGCACGGGCAGCAGCCUCAGGCUGCGCCGCCGCCCCACUAUGUCGUGAGGCCGCCAUAA